GAGUUCCCAAAGGAAACUCACUCAUUAGAAAAAAAAAAAAAAAAAAACCUAAUUUCCUUGAGAAAACCAAACCAGCAGGAGAGAAAAUGGCGGAGGUUGCUACUGAAAUUGCAAAGAAAGUGGAGGAAAAGGCGGAGACUCAAGUAACAAUGGCACCAACUAAAAUGGUCGAGGCUGCUACGGCAAAAGAGGCGGAGACCACCGUGACGGCAGCACCUGCUAAAACGGUCGAGGCUACAAACAAACCGGUGAAAGAUGAGGAGGUAAAGACAACAGAUACGUCUAGUUUGGUGGGGAAGCUAGAGACAGAUGUGGAGAUCAAAGCUUCCGCUGAGAAGUUCCAUCACAUGUUCACCGGGAAACCACACCAUGUUUCCAAAGCAUCUCCUGGCAACAUUCAGGGCUGUGAUCUCCACGAAGGCGAAUGGGGCAAACCAGGCUCUAUCAUCUACUGGAACUACGUUCAUGAUGGUGAGGCAAAGGUGGCGAAGGAGAGGAUCGAGGCGGUGGAGCCGGAGAAGAACCUGAUCACGUUCAGGGUUAUAGAAGGUGAUCUGAUGAAAGAGUACAAAAGCUUCUUGCUCACCAUUCAGGUGACCCCUAAGCAUGGUGGGCCAGGGAGUAUUGUGCAUUGGCACCUUGAGUACGAGAAGAUUAGCGAAGAAGUUGCUCAUCCCGAGACUCUCCUCCAGUUCUGUGUCGAAGUCUCCAAAGAGAUCGACGAACAUCUCUUGUCCGAGGAAUAGAGAAGUAUGUGUGUGUGUGUGUGCGCACGCAGUAUAUGAAUUAAAAUGCAAUAAAAGGACUAAGGAGUCAUGUCCGAGUUUGUGAGAUAUAUCAAUAUGAGUGUGCCAUGAAUGUAUGUGUCUACGUACUAAGAUGUAAGAUCGUUACGUUGGAAAUUGUUACUUUGAGAAGCGAGGUGUACUAGCCAUGAUGAGACUAAUAAUAAGUAAGACUAUAAGUUUGAUUUUCUAUGCUAA